AGCUGCAGCCCAGAGGGGCCUCCUGGAAAAGGAUGUGUCAGGCACAGGCCCCUCCUGCCCCCUCCCCCCACCCCCAGGCCGCAGGGGGUAUAAAAGGGCUCCAGGCCGGAGAGGGAGCCGCUGUGGCCUGCAUCAUGAAGCUGGCUGGUACUCUCGAGCUUCUCUGGGCUGCCUCGCUCCUGCUCUCGGGCCGAGAUUGUAAAAUUUGCUCAGCAGUGAGUGAUGAUGUCACCUUGUCCCUGACGGGCACCACUGAAGCAUAUGUCCAAGAAGUGGCGCAAUACCGAAACGAAUCUAUAAUAUUGGAAAAUGCCAAAAGCCUGAAGGAGUGCGUUGAUGGGAAAAUGACAGUGGACGACAAGACAAAUGCUGUCAAUGUGCUGGAGAUUGGGAGGAAUCCACCUUUGCCUGCUCAGACCCAGAAGCCAUCCUCCAAACAAACCCGCAGGCUCCUCCCCAGGAAGGGUCCAGUGAGUGUUCGGAAGAGCUUGAUGUCUCUCGUACCCCUUGAGGCCUCACCAGGUUUCCUGACUUUCUCUUUGCAGAAUAACAUAUAUGCAAGUCCUUUGUGUUAACGGAGCCAUCUCUUCCAGGAGCCCCAAGGAUGUCACUUAACUGAUCACUAACUAAGUAGUCUCAGCAGCCUACCAUGUCCAGGUGUCUGAGUAAAGGAUUCCAGCAAUAAAAGACUUGCAAUCCAUGGACAGUGCUUGCUCCUUGGGCUGGGCUUUGGGGGCAGCAGGGUGUCACAGUGGGGACCUCCACUGUGCCUUCCCACUGUGGCUAGAUUUGAAUCUGCCAGAUGUUCUUCCUCCAUGGAAUGCCAUGGGUGGGGGGGGUGAUAAUUAGAAGAGCCGGGGUGGCUGAGCACUUCUGUGCCCCAGGACCCACAGGUGGCACAGGCCACCUUGCCCAGAGUGAGACCUGGCUCUUGGCCAAUGGCCAGGCGCUCUGACCCCCAGGGUCUGGCUGGGGGCUGCUUCGGGGGUGGAAAACCAGCCCUGUGAUAGCAGCUGGAGUCCAGGGGGCAUAAGCAGGUUGUGAGGCAGAGACUCCUCCCAUCACAGGUGCCCCAGGAUGUGUAUUCCACACUCUACCAUUCUACACAUGUAAAAGCUCUGGGGCUUUCAUAAGGAGAGCUGGGCUCUGAGAGAGAUGAGUUGGAUGGGUAAAAAAAACAUGGAUAAAGACUCACCGCAGUCCGUGGCAAGUGCAGGGAGUAAGGGGUGCCCCAUUGAAAGGUGAAAAGGUAAUGAGUGACGGGCAGUUUGUUCUCACUGAGACACAGUCUCUCGACUAUUGCUCACCUCCCACAGAACCCCCUGGGGACGGCUGGUACACAAGGCAUCUCGAAGUUGUCCUUGUGCACUGCCUUCUUCCAACCCGUGGAAUCUUUAAUCUGGGGCCAGGGUAAAAAAAUCAAGUGCAGGGGCUACUGGGUAUUUACCCCAAAGAUACAAAUGUAGGGAUCCGACGGGGUAUGUGCACCCCAAUGUUUAUAGCAGCAAUGUCCACAAUAGCCAA